AUGGAUUGGAUGAAUCCAAUGCACCAAGCUGUGCCUCCAUGGGUCAAGCCCUACUUGAACAACUAUGGCCAGGCACCAGGCCCCUCACCAGAGGAUGAGGAGGAUGAAUACAGUAGCAGUGAGAGUGUUGCUGCCAAGAAGAAAAAGGACAAGAAGGACAAAAAGAGUGUCAAAAAGGACAAGAAACUCAAGAAGAAGAAGAAGGAGAAGGCACUGGGUGCACCUGGGCCUGAAUGGGGAGAGACAAAGGAAGGGUUCAAGUGCACCAGCAAGAAGAAUUCUGAGGAUUUCUCCAACCUUGAUGAGUAUGCACUGCAGCUGGGAUGGUACAACCUGUGGAAGAAGCCAGGAAAGAAGCCUCAAGAACAGGACAGCCCUUUGCCAACUGAUGUCUUCCAGAAGUACAGCAGGGUCAAAGGGCCACAAGGUGAGCUGGAGGUGUGCCAUGUGGAGAGGGCAGUGAAAGUGGUCCUUGGCCCACCAAAUUCACCUAUCAGCUUGGCAUACAGGAUAUUGAUGAAAGCUGAUGAUAUCUUUGAGCACAGUGAUGGGGUCCAAGCCUGGUAUGGCAAAGUGGCAGAAGUGGCACUUCUCAACCAAGAGGAUUCUCUGUGUGCACAGCAGUACAUCAACCACUGCAAAGGCAUUUACCUCCAGCUACAGCUCAGAGAAUUGGCCAAAACCAAAGCAGCAGAACUUGCUGGAUGCUUUCAACUCAGCAUCACAGUGGUCACCACCAGCAACCUGCUAUGCAGCAGCCACAGCCCCAUGCAGGUGGAAUGCAGGCCCAGCCACACCAUGGUGGUAUGCAACAGCAUCCACUGCCCUCAGCUCAUGGCAUGCAGCAACAGGCACAGGCUAGUGCCCAACAGCCAUACUAUGGUGGACAGCAGCAGCAUCAACAACAACAUCAUGGUGGUUUGCAGCAGCAGCCAGGUCAACAACAUGGUGGCAUGCAUCAGCAACCUCAGACUGGAGGAGUGCACCAGCAGCCAAGUGCCAUGCAGCCACAGCCAACACAUGCUACUAUGCAGCAGCAGCCCCAACCUGGAGGAAUGCAACAGCAGCAAAGUGCCAUGCAGCCACAGCCAACACAUGCUACUAUGCAGCAGCAGCCCCAACCUGGAGGAAUGCAACAGCAGCCCCAACCUGGAGGAAUGCAACAGCAGCAAAGUGCCAUGCAGCCACAGCCAACACAUGCUACUAUGCAGCAGCAGCCCCAACCUGGAGGAAUGCAACAGCAGCCCCAACCUGGAGGAAUGCAACAGCAGCAAAGUGCCAUGCAGCCACAGCCAACACAUGCUACUACGCAGCAGCAGCCCCAACCUGGAGGAAUGCAACAGCAGCAAAGUGCCAUGCAGCCACAGCCAACACAUGCUACUAUGCAACAGCAGCCCCAACCUGGAGGAAUGCAACAGCAGCCAAGUGCCAUGCAGCCACAGCCAACACAUGCUACUAUGCAGCAGCAGCCCCAACCUGGAGGAAUGGCAACAGCAGCCCCAACCUGGAGGAGUGUCACAGCAGCCAAGUGCCAUGUCCGCCAGACCAGUCAGCAAGCCUCCACCUGGAGGGUGCAACAGCAGGCCAAGUGCCAUGCAGCCAGAAACCAAAUUACAUGGUGGUGUGCAGCAGCAGCAGCAGCCUCCACCUGAGGAAGUGUCAACAGCAGCAAAGUGCUGCUGCCACAAGCUGGAGGAGUGCAACAGCAGCAAAGUGCCUGCCACAGCACUGCAGCAGCCCUCCACCUGGAGGAAUGCAACAGCAGCCAAGUGCUUGCAGCCAGACCCACAACAUGGUGGUUUGCAGCAGCCGCAGCCUCCACCUGGAGGAGUGCAACAGCAGGCAAGUGCCAUGCAGCCACAGCCAACACAUGCUAUGCAUCAGCAGCCUCAGAUUGGUGAGGUGCAACAACAGCUUCCAACUGGUGGCAUGCAGCCACAGCCACCACAUGGUAUGCAACAGCAGCCUCCAUGGAUGGCAAGCAAAGAUGCUGCAACAGCAAAGCAGCUCCAAGUGCAACAGCAGCCAAGUGCCAUGCAGCCAGACCAGCAGCAGCCUCCACCUGGAGGAGUGCAACAGCAGCAAAGUGCAAUGCUGCCACAGCCACUGCAGCAGCAGCCUCCACCUGGAGGAAUGCAACAGCAGCAAAGUGCCAUGCAGCCACAGCCAACACAUGCUACUAUGCAGCAGCAGCCCCAACCUGGAGGAAUGCAACAGCAGCCCCAACCUGGAGGAAUGCAACAGCAGCAAAGUGCAAUGCUGCCACAGCCACUGCAGCAGCAGCCUCCACCUGGAGGAGUGCAACAGCAGCCAAGUGCCAUGCAGCCAGACCAGCAGCAGCCUCCACCUGGAGGAGUGCAACAGCAGCCAAGUGCCAUGCAGCCAGACCAAUUACAUGGUGGUGUGCAGCAGCAGCAGCCUCCACCUGGAGGAGUGCAACAGCAGCCAAGUGCCAUGCAGCCAGACCAACAACCUGGUGGUUUGCAGCAGCAGCAGCCUCAAGUUGGAGAAGUGCAACAGCAGCCAAGUGCUAUGCAGCCAGACCAACAACCUGGUGGUUUGCAGCAGCAGCAGCCUCAAGUUGGAGAAGUGCAACAGCAGCCAAGUGCUAUGCAGCCAGACCAACAACAUGGUGGUUUGCAGCAGCAGCAGCCUCCACCUGGAAGAGUGCAACAGCAGCCAAGUGCCAUGCAGCCAGGCCAACAACAUGGUGGUAUGCAUCAGCAGCCUCAAGCUGGUGAGGUGAAGCCAACUGGUGGCAUGCACCAACAACAGCAGCCACCACUGACACAGACUGCUGAUGAACAGCAACAACAGCCACAGAAGCCAGAGCCACAGGCUGGUGGCCAACAACAACAGCAGCCAGAAGCACAGAGUGGUGACCAGCAACAGCAGCCACAGCAACCAGGGCCACAGCAACCAGAGCCACAUCAGCAGCAAAUGGCUGAGGCUGAUGGCAGCCAGAAGGGGGUGCCAAGUACUGGAAAUGUGGAAGCUGCAAAGGAAGCUGCAAAGGAAGCAAGCUUCAUGGCCAAGAUUAAAGAGACAGCCAUGGGUAGUGAUGAUGGUGAUGCUCCAGCUCCAGUUCCACAUCAACCACCUCCACCUUCUGAGGAUGAGUCCAGCAUGGGGGGCAUGACCAGCUCUGAGGAUUCUUAUGUGGAGAAUGAGCUGGAGUGGCAAAGCCAGCUGGAGUACCAGGGCCAGGAGAUGCUGUUCUGGGAGAGUGAGACCAAGGUCAGGGUCAGAAGUGUGGGGCCCACAGCCUAUGAGAGGCACCAACUGGAGAACAUGGUUGUCCCAAGGGAAUUCACCUCAAAGAUCAAAAAGAUUCUGAACCACUUUGGCAACCCCAAUGGAACAUGGAACACAACCAAGGCUUUGGUGACUUACUUCAGGCAGCAUGAGUGCAGAAACUAUGCCAGGGGUCAGAUGGUACCUGUGAGCUCAGCCAUGUUCACAGUGUUCAAACACAUGUUGGUGAGCAACUGGGCAUUGCUGUGGCCAGAGUUCAAGGACCUGAGGCUGUGCAAGGUGGCAGUGGCAAAGAGCAAGCAGACCUUGGAGGCCUACUUGGCUGUGGACAAGGAGCAGCAGGUGGCAGGAGUGCCAAUGGAGGUGGAGCCAUCUGACCCAGCCUCUGGAGGGUGCAUUGACCUGGUUGCACCUGGGGGUGAUGGGCAAGUUGGUGAGAAGGCAUUCACCCUUCCUUAUGGCAUCUGCACCUUGAAAGAUGUGGAGCAGAGAGCUUACAUCAACAAAGGUGGCAAAGCUGAGUGGGUGUGGUCCAGGGUGCACAGCUUUUGCCAGAUCCAGAAGGAGCCUGGUAAGAUGCUGAAGCAAAGCAUGUCUGCACUUCUGGAAGACCUCAACCAGCUUCAGGUGCCUGAGAGUGCUGUCCACUACAGAGGAAAGGAGCAUUCUGAUGAUGCUGAGUGGAAGGUGCCAAUCACUGCCAUGAUCCAAAGGCCAGGUGGGCCAAUGGCAAGUGCAGAGCUAUUCUUUACACCCCAAGGUUUGACACAGAAUUGGGGUAGCCUUUUGUCCUUGUCCCCUGGUGGUGUGGCAUUGUGGAAGAAACUUGGGAGAAGGACUUGGCUGAACAGGUGCAUUGCAUCUUCCAUGGAAAAUGCCACCUUCUUGGACAUCCUCUUCUUCAAUGCCUAUCUCAUGUGCCACCCAAAGCUGAAGGGGCAAGGGCAGAACCUUUGGCUUGCAAUUGGCAGCAACACCAUGCCAGAGCUUAUAUUUCAUGCAGGCUCAUGGCUUGAAAGCCUUGCCUUGAGCAUGAAGGAGGAGCCUCUGUCCAUGCUGCCAAUUCUCAGAACCAAAGAAGGCAAUGCAAGGCUCCUGGCUGAUCCUGUCAACCGCAUGCUUCUUCUUUGGAAACUGAGAAAGAACAAGCAGCACAGGAUGGAAAUAGCUGGGACUCAUGGUGAGCUGGGUGGCAACACAAUGAGAAUGAUGAGGUAUGAGGCAUACCUGGACUGCCUCUUGCACAGUAAGGCCCUGGAGCAAGGAUUCAGUGGCUGCAAGCAGGUCUGUGUGGCCUGGGAUCCUUCUUCCUAUGGGGGCAAGGAUGUGUUUGUUGGCUGCCUAUAUGAGCCAAAGUCCAACACAGGUGCAUACCUCAUGUCACAGCACCUUGGAGCCACAUAUAUCUCUGAGUUGGACUCCUCCUUGCUGGAGAUGGCCCAGGCCAGGAAGCUCACCAGGCUUGAAGGUUACAGGGAGAUCAAGGGGCUCAGUGCAGCCUUGGAGGGCAUUGGCCUCACCCUCAAGAAUUUCUUUGUGCCUGAAGAGCUGGUAUUGAGGCCAUUGAACUCUGAGGAGCUCAGGCUGCAGGGGGGGGAUGGCAAGUGGUACAUCCAGGAUAUGAAAACUGGGGAAGUUAGGCCCCAUGUACCACCUGGCUUUGACCUGGGGUCAUUGCCAGCAUUGACCAGCAUCUCUGAUCAAGGCCCUGCCAACACAGCAGCCCUCAACUAUAUGCUCUACUCCAGCAGAGCUUUGUUGAUGUGGUCAUUGUGGGACCCUUACCACAGGGCCUGGAAUGAUCUGAAGCUUGCCUUGAAGAGGAGUGUUGGAGGAGGAUGGAGGGCAGUCUUGGAGCUCACACUGGUGGUGAACAUGAACUACGGACCCUUUGGGUCAGGCAGCUGGUUUUUCAAAAAGAAAGCAAAGCUGCAUGAUUUCAUGGCCACCCAGAGUAUCAACAGCCCUGCCUGGGACAACUUCCAGACACUGAUUUGCCAGGAGAGAAGGGUUCCAGAACCCAGCAAUCUGGAAGAGGCAGAGGCAAUGUUCCACCAGCUGGUUGGCAUGGACAGCUUCAACCAGAAAGGCCCACUGGUGAAGCUCAUGCGGUGGUUUUCCUUUUUUGAGAGCAUGGCCUUCUAUGAAGGGGAGCUGUACUCCACCAAGCUCAUUCUCCUGCAUGCCCUGGGCAAAGGUGACAAUGCUGGUUCAGAAGCAGAGGUGGAGGAGCCCUUGCCUGAGCAAGGGGACCACAGGAAGGAGCUUGCAGAGCUGAAGAAAAGAAAGGGCACAUGGGCACUUGCUCCUUCCCUGAUCAAUGGCAAAUCCCUUUGCAUGAACGACUGCAUCAUGUCCUGUGGGAAGGCAACUUGGCAGAACUUCGCGGAAAGGGCAAGGGAAAUCUGCACACCACUGCAGGUGAGGGAGCUGAACAUAUCCUGUGCCCAGAGCAGGUACUGGUGCUGUGAACUUCUGGAUAUGCUGGAGUCAUCCUUGGAGGAUGCCAGGUGUUUGAAGCACCUUUGGCCAGAGUUCCAGGGCCAUGACCAAGCCAUGAUCUGGCAUAUUGACCUGCUUGCCAAGCUCCUAGAAACCAGGGCUAUGCAGGCCCAUGACUUGGCAAUGGCACAUUGGAAGAUCCUUCUGCAAGCAGAGGAGGCUGAAGCUGCUGGAGCACUGGUGAAGUCUCUCUCUACUAUCUACUGGAGGUUCAACCCUUUGGUCAGGGCACUGUUUCUGGCCUUUGAAGAAGAUGCCUACAAGUGCCAAGUGUAUACCUCUGAAAGCCAGGCAAUGAAGCUCCAACUGCUCUUCACCCAGAACUUGGGGGAUUCCAGGCUGGUGGAGAACAUUCACCAACAUGGAAGAGAUUUGUGCAGAGCCAGCAAGUCCAAUUCCAUGUCCAAUGUGAGCAUCAUGGCCAAUAUUUUGAAGUGUGGUGUCCUUGAAGGGAGGAAGAUUCCUGUGGUGACAGCCAAGGAAACCCUCAAGGCAACUGGUGCUGCCUGGCAAUCAAAGAGUAAGGAGGCUGUGGUGCACAGGCUGAGGACCCAUGGCAAGAACCUUCCUGUUGAACUUCAAAGGAUGAUGGCCCCCAACAAGAAGGCAUAUGAGCAAUGGCCAUCUCCAAGCCCUGGAUCCUUGUUUCAGAGCUGUGCAUCCACCCACUGGCUCUUCAGCUACUUCUCUUCGCCACCUUCUGAGGAUGUCAAUGUCAACUCUGCUUGGCUUUCCUGCCUAGCCAGGCCUGGUGCCAUCUUGGCCCAGGAAUCAACUUCUAGCCUGGUCAUGGUCAUUGCCUCUGCAGAGUACAGCUUCCUAGGUGUUGCAAUGGAGGCCAGAGUGGGCCUGGACUUGGAGAGGACCUUCCAUUGCAUCAUCCAAAGGCAUGCUGUUGGCUUCCGCCACAUCUCAAACUUGUCUGACUGGGUGGAAUUGCCUGUUGAACCUUGCCUCACCUCAGCAGGUGGCACUAGAGGGCCAAUUGGUUGGAGGAGAGUUGGGCAUCCUCAGCCACUGGAGACAGCUGCUUUGCUGCAUGGUCUUACCCUCACAUUCCAGCAACUCAAGGAUCUGGUCAAGGAGCUGGGUGCCUCUACCAAAGGCUUGACAUCCAAGAAGGCAGUGGUGGAGUUGCUCAUCUCCAUUGCCUGUCCAGAAGACAAGCUGGAAGAGGUGAAGGCCAAAUAUGCCACUGAGACCACAGAGGGAGAGGGGCAGAUGGAUUCUGAUCUUUCUGAGGUGGUUUCAGAACUGGGCCAGGAUGAUGGCAAUGCCCAAGAUCUGAAAGACUUGAAGGAGAAAAAGAAACAUCACAGGGCCAAAAAGGCAUUGAAAAAGGCAGAGCAGAGGCUGAAGGAGCAGAGGGACCCAGCUGCCAUGCAGAGGAUCAAAGAGGAGGAAAGGGCUGUGGAGAAGGAGGUGGCACAGGAAUUGGAUGACCCAGAGAAGAUGAGGGAAGCCAAAGCUGCUGGCAUUGAUGAGCUGGAUGAUCACCGCUUCAAAUCCCAGUGGGAUGAGGAUUACCCUGAGCUGGAUGGAACUUUUUCCCAGCUGAGAUUCUCUAGGUCCUUUGCCAAAAAGGUUAAGUGGGAGGAUGCCUUGGCUCAAGUCCACAAGCACAAUUGGCAGAAGUGGGCAUUGGUGCAGGAUGAGAACCCUUUGGGAGAAGGGGAGGAGGCACAAGAGCCAGGUAUCAUUCCACAGGACCUUUUGGAUCUGCUCAAGGGCCAUAUUGAGGCAAAUCUGACAGAAAAGGCCAAGAGAUACCCUCUGCCCCAGGAUGACACCCAGUGCUUGUGUGUGUGGCCCUUUGCUGCUGACUUCUGCUUCAUUCAGCCUUUGGCAAGCAUUGAUUCCACCACCUUGGUCAGCAAAAGGUCUGUCUUGCUCUGGGGGUGUGCCUCUGGCACCUGGACUGCCUAUGGUGGAGAAUACUGUCUGUCUUGCUCUGGGGGUGUGCCUCUGCCACCUGGACUGCCUAUGGUGGAGAAUGCUGUGCUUGCCUUUGGCAUGGCUGCCAUACUUGGCAUUUGCCAGGCUGGCUCCUAUGGAUGUGGUGAGGCAAUUGUGCCUUCAGCGUGGUGGCUAGGGCAUAAGGGCCUGCCCAUGGAUUGGAUGAAUCCAAUGCACCAAGCUGUGCCUCCAUGGGUCAAGCCCUACUUGAACAACUAUGGCCAGGCACCAGGCCCCUCACCAGAGGAUGAGGAGGAUGAAUACAGUAGCAGUGAGAGUGUUGCUGCCAAGUCGUCUAGGAAGAAAAAGGACAAGAAGGACAAAAAGAGUGUCAAAAAGGACAAGAAACUCAAGAAGAAGAAGAAGGAGAAGGAGAGCUCCAGCAGCUCUUCCAGUUCUGAAUCAGGUGUGAUCCCUUCGCACUGGGUGCACCUGGGGCCUGAAUGGGGAGAGACAAAGGAAGGGUUCAAGUGCACCAGCAAGAAGAAUUCUGAGGAUUUCUCCAACCUUGAUGAGUAUGCACUGCAGCUGGGAUGGUACAACCUGUGGAAGAAGCCAGGAAAGAAGCCUCAAGAACAGGACAGCCCUUUGCCAACUGGUGUCUUCCAGAAGUACAGCAGGGUCAAAGGGCCACAAGGUGAGCUGGAGGUGUGCCAUGUGGAGAGGGCAGUGAAAGUGGUCCUUGGCCCACCAAAUUCACCUAUCAGCUUGGCAUACAGGAUAUUGAUGAAAGCUGAUGAUAUCUUUGAGCACAGUGAUGGGGUCCAAGCCUGGUAUGGCAAAGUGGCAGAAGUGGCACUUCUCAACCAAGAGGAUUCUCUGUGGGCACAGCAGUACAUCAACCACUGCAAAGGACUGCCUGGUGGACAUUGGCAGGCUGUCCAACUUGGCAAUUUGGAAAGCCAACUUCCCAAAGAUGGUAUGAAGCAGAACCAGCCAAUGGUUGGCAAAGGUGAUUGUGUGAGAGAGAGAGAGAGGCAGCUGAUGCCAGGUGAAGUGGCCUAUGGAUUGGCCAGGGGGUAUGGGUUUGGCCAGGUAGGUGGUCACCACCAGCAACCUGCUAUGCAGCAGCCACAGCCCCAUGCAGGUGGAAUGCAGGCCCAGCCACACCAUGGUGGUAUGCAACAGCAUCCACUGCCCUCAGCUCAUGGCAUGCAGCAACAGGCACAGGCUAGUGCCCAACAGCCAUACUAUGGUGGACAGCAGCAGCAUCAACAACAACAUCAUGGUGGUUUGCAGCAGCAGCCAGGUCAACAACAUGGUGGCAUGCAUCAGCAACCUCAGACUGGAGGAGUGCACCAGCAGCCAAGUGCCAUGCAGCCACAGCCAACACAUGCUACUAUGCACCAGCAGCCCCAACCUGGAGGAAUGCAACAGCAGCAAAGUGCCAUGCAGCCACAGCCAACACAUGCUACUAUGCAGCAGCAGCCCCAACCUGGAGGAAUGCAACAGCAGCCCCAACCUGGAGGAAUGCAACAGCAGCAAAGUGCCAUGCAGCCACAGCCAACACAUGCUACUACGCAGCAGCAGCCCCAACCUGGAGGAAUGCAACAGCAGCAAAGUGCCAUGCAGCCACAGCCAACACAUGCUACUAUGCAACAGCAGCCCCAACCUGGAGGAAUGCAACAGCAGCCAAGUGCCAUGCAGCCACAGCCAACACAUGCUACUAUGCAGCAGCAGCCCCAACCUGGAGGAAUGCAACAGCAGCAAAGUGCCAUGCAGCUACAGCCAACACAUGCUACUAUGCAGCAGCAGCCCCAACCUGGAGGAAUGCAACAGCAGCCCCAACCUGGAGGAAUGCAACAGCAGCAAAGUGCAAUGCUGCCACAGCCACUGCAGCAGCAGCCUCCACCUGGAGGAGUGCAACAGCAGCCAAGUGCCAUGCAGCCAGACCAGCAGCAGCCUCCACCUGGAGGAGUGCAACAGCAGCCAAGUGCCAUGCAGCCAGACCAAUUACAUGGUGGUGUGCAGCAGCAGCAGCCUCCACCUGGAGGAGUGCAACAGCAGCAAAGUGCAAUGCUGCCACAGCCACUGCAGCAGCAGCCUCCACCUGGAGGAAUGCAACAGCAGCCAAGUGCUAUGCAGCCAGACCCACAACAUGGUGGUUUGCAGCAGCAGCAGCCUCCACCUGGAGGAGUGCAACAGCAGGCAAGUGCCAUGCAGCCACAGCCAACACAUGCUAUGCAUCAGCAGCCUCAGAUUGGUGAGGUGCAACAACAGCUUCCAACUGGUGGCAUGCAGCCACAGCCACCACAUGGUAUGCAACAGCAGCCUCCAUGUGGAGGAGUGCAACAGCAGCCAAGUGCCAUGCAGCCAGACCAGCAGCAGCCUCCACCUGGAGGAGUGCAACAGCAGCAAAGUGCAAUGCUGCCACAGCCACUGCAGCAGCAGCCUCCACCUGGAGGAGUGCAACAGCAGCCAAGUGCCAUGCAGCCAGACCAGCAGCAGCCUCCACCUGGAGGAGUGCAACAGCAGCAAAGUGCAAUGCUGCCACAGCCACUGCAGCAGCAGCCUCCACCUGGAGGAGUGCAACAGCAGCCAAGUGCCAUGCAGCCAGACCAGCAGCAGCCUCCACCUGGAGGAAUGCAACAGCAGCAAAGUGCAAUGCUGCCACAGCCACUGCAGCAGCAGCCUCCACCUGGAGGAGUGCAACAGCAGCCAAGUGCCAUGCAGCCAGACCAGCAGCAGCCUCCACCUGGAGGAGUGCAACAGCAGCCAAGUGCCAUGCAGCCAGACCAAUUACAUGGUGGUGUGCAGCAGCAGCAGCCUCCACCUGGAGGAGUGCAACAGCAGCCAAGUGCCAUGCAGCCAGGCCAACAACAUGGUGGUAUGCAUCAGCAGCCUCAAGCUGGUGAGGUGAAGCCAACUGGUGGCAUGCACCAACAACAGCAGCCACCACUGACACAGACUGCUGAUGAACAGCAACAACAGCCACAGAAGCCAGAGCCACAGGCUGGUGGCCAACAACAACAGCAGCCAGAAGCACAGAGUGGUGACCAGCAACAGCAGCCACAGCAACCAGGGCCACAGCAACCAGAGCCACAUCAGCAGCAAAUGGCUGAGGCUGAUGGCAGCCAGAAGGGGGUGCCAAGUACUGGAAAUGUGGAAGCUGCAAAGGAAGCUGCAAAGGAAGCAAGCUUCAUGGCCAAGAUUAAAGAGACAGCCAUGGGUAGUGAUGAUGGUGAUGCUCCAGCUCCAGUUCCACAUCAACCACCUCCACCUUCUGAGGAUGAGUCCAGCAUGGGGGGCAUGACCAGCUCUGAGGAUUCUUAUGUGGAGAAUGAGCUGGAGUGGCAAAGCCAGCUGGAGUACCAGGGCCAGGAGAUGCUGUUCUGGGAGAGUGAGACCAAGGUCAGGGUCAGAAGUGUGGGGCCCACAGCCUAUGAGAGGCACCAACUGGAGAACAUGGUUGUCCCAAGGGAAUUCACCUCAAAGAUCAAAAAGAUUCUGAACCACUUUGGCAACCCCAAUGGAACAUGGAACACAACCAAGGCUUUGGUGACUUACUUCAGGCAGCAUGAGUGCAGAAACUAUGCCAGGGGUCAGAUGGUACCUGUGAGCCCAGCCAUGUUCACAGUGUUCAAACACAUGUUGGUGAGCAACUGGGCAUUGCUGUGGCCAGAGUUCAAGGACCUGAGGCUGUGCAAGGUGGCAGUGGCAAAGAGCAAGCAGACCUUGGAGGCCUACUUGGCUGUGGACAAGGAGCAGCAGGUGGCAGGAGUGCCAAUGGAGGUGGAGCCAUCUGACCCAGCCUCUGGAGGGUGCAUUGACCUGGUUGCACCUGGGGGUGAUGGGCAAGUUGGUGAGAAGGCAUUCACCCUUCCUUAUGGCAUCUGCACCUUGAAAGAUGUGGAGCAGAGAGCUUACAUCAACAAAGGUGGCAAAGCUGAGUGGGUGUGGUCCAGGGUGCACAGCUUUUGCCAGAUCCAGAAGGAGCCUGGUAAGAUGCUGAAGCAAAGCAUGUCUGCACUUCUGGAAGACCUCAACCAGCUUCAGGUGCCUGAGAGUGCUGUCCACUACAGAGGAAAGGAGCAUUCUGAUGAUGCUGAGUGGAAGGUGCCAAUCACUGCCAUGAUCCAAAGGCCAGGUGGGCCAAUGGCAAGUGCAGAGCUAUUCUUUACACCCCAAGGUUUGACACAGAAUUGGGGUAGCCUUUUGUCCUUGUCCCCUGGUGGUGUGGCAUUGUGGAAGAAACUUGGGAGAAGGACUUGGCUGAACAGGUGCAUUGCAUCUUCCAUGGAAAAUGCCACCUUCUUGGACAUCCUCUUCUUCAAUGCCUAUCUCAUGUGCCACCCAAAGCUGAAGGGGCAAGGGCAGAACCUUUGGCUUGCAAUUGGCAGCAACACCAUGCCAGAGCUUAUAUUUCAUGCAGGCUCAUGGCUUGAAAGCCUUGCCUUGAGCAUGAAGGAGGAGCCUCUGUCCAUGCUGCCAAUUCUCAGAACCAAAGAAGGCAAUGCAAGGCUCCUGGCUGAUCCUGUCAACCGCAUGCUUCUUCUUUGGAAACUGAGAAAGAACAAGCAGCACAGGAUGGAAAUAGCUGGGACUCAUGGUGAGCUGGGUGGCAGCACAAUGAGAAUGAUGAGGUAUGAGGCAUACCUGGACUGCCUCUUGCACAGUAAGGCCCUGGAGCAAGGAUUCAGUGGCUGCAAGCAGGUCUGUGUGGCCUGGGAUCCUUCUUCCUAUGGGGGCAAGGAUGUGUUUGUUGGCUGCCUAUAUGACCCAAAGUCCAACACAGGUGCAUACCUCAUGUCACAGCACCUUGGAGCCACAUAUAUCUCUGAGUUGGACUCCUCCUUGCUGGAGAUGGCCCAGGCCAGGAAGCUCACCAGGCUUGAAGGUUACAGGGAGAUCAAGGGGCUCAGUGCAGCCUUGGAGGGCAUUGGCCUCACCCUCAAGAAUUUCUUUGUGCCUGAAGAGCUGGUAUUGAGGCCAUUGAACUCUGAGGAGCUCAGGCUGCAGGGGGGGGAUGGCAAGUGGUACAUCCAGGAUAUGAAAACUGGGGAAGUUAGGCCCCAUGUACCACCUGGCUUUGACCUGGGGUCAUUGCCAGCAUUGAUCAGCAUCUCUGAUCAAGGCCCUGCCAACACAGCAGCCCUCAACUAUAUGCUCUACUCCAGCAGAGCUUUGUUGAUGUGGUCAUUGUGGGACCCUUACCACAGGGCCUGGAAUGAUCUGAAGCUUGCCUUGAAGAGGAGUGUUGGAGGAGGAUGGAGGGCAGUCUUGGAGCUCACACUGGUGGUGAACAUGAACUACGGACCCUUUGGGUCAGGCAGCUGGUUUUUCAAAAAGAAAGCAAAGCUGCAUGAUUUCAUGGCCACCCAGAGUAUCAACAGCCCUGCCUGGGACAACUUCCAGACACUGAUUUGCCAGGAGAGAAGGGUUCCAGAACCCAGCAAUCUGGAAGAGGCAGAGGCAAUGUUCCACCAGCUGGUUGGCAUGGACAGCUUCAACCAGAAAGGCCCACUGGUGAAGCUCAUGCGGUGGUUUUCCUUUUUUGAGAGCAUGGCCUUCUAUGAAGGGGAGCUGUACUCCACCAAGCUCAUUCUCCUGCAUGCCCUGGACAAAGGUGACAAUGCUGGUUCAGAAGCAGAGGUGGAGGAGCCCUUGCCUGAGCAAGGGGACCACAGGAAGGAGCUUGCAGAGCUGAAGAAAAGAAAGGGCACAUGGGCACUUGCUCCUUCCCUGAUCAAUGGCAAAUCCCUUUGCAUGAAGGACUGCAUCAUGUCCUGUGGGAAGGCAACUUGGCAGAACUUCGCGGAAAGGGCAAGGGAAAUCUGCACACCACUGCAAGUGAGGGAGCUGAACAUAUCCUGUGCCCAGAGCAGGUACUGGUGCUGUGAACUUCUGGAUAUGCUGGAGUCAUCCUUGGAGGAUGCCAGGUGUUUGAAGCACCUUUGGCCAGAGUUCCAGGGCCAUGACCAAGCCAUGAUCUGGCAUAUUGACCUGCUUGCCAAGCUCCUAGAAACCAGGGCUAUGCAGGCCCAUGACUUGGCAAUGGCACAUUGGAAGAUCCUUCUGCAAGCAGAGGAGGCUGAAGCUGCUGGAGCACUGGUGAAGUCUCUCUCUACUAUCUACUGGAGGUUCAACCCUUUGGUCAGGGCACUGUUUCUGGCCUUUGAAGAAGAUGCCUACAAGUGCCAAGUGUAUACCUCUGAAAGCCAGGCAAUGAAGCUCCAACUGCUCUUCACCCAGAACUUGGGGGAUUCCAGGCUGGUGGAGAACAUUCACCAACAUGGAAGAGAUUUGUGCAGAGCCAGCAAGUCCAAUUCCAUGUCCAAUGUGAGCAUCAUGGCCAAUAUUUUGAAGUGUGGUGUCCUUGAAGGGAGGAAGAUUCCUGUGGUGACAGCCAAGGAAACCCUCAAGGCAACUGGUGCUGCCUGGCAAUCAAAGAGUAAGGAGGCUGUGGUGCACAGGCUGAGGACCCAUGGCAAGAACCUUCCUGUUGAACUUCAAAGGAUGAUGGCCCCCAACAAGAAGGCAUAUGAGCAAUGGCCAUCUCCAAGCCCUGGAUCCUUGUUUCAGAGCUGUGCAUCCACCCACUGGCUCUUCAGCUACUUCUCUUCGCCACCUUCUGAGGAUGUCAAUGUCAACUCUGCUUGGCUUUCCUGCCUAGCCAGGCCUGGUGCCAUCUUGGCCCAGGAAUCAACUUCUAGCCUGGUCAUGGUCAUUGCCUCUGCAGAGUACAGCUUCCUAGGUGUUGCAAUGGAGGCCAGAGUGGGCCUGGACUUGGAGAGGACCUUCCAUUGCAUCAUCCAAAGGCAUGCUGUUGGCUUCCGCCACAUCUCAAACUUGUCUGACUGGGUGGAAUUGCCUGUUGAACCUUGCCUCACCUCAGCAGGUGGCACUAGAGGGCCAAUUGGUUGGAGGAGAGUUGGGCAUCCUCAGCCACUGGAGACAGCUGCUUUGCUGCAUGGUCUUACCCUCACAUUCCAGCAACUCAAGGAUCUGGUCAAGGAGCUGGGUGCCUCUACCAAAGGCUUGACAUCCAAGAAGGCAGUGGUGGAGUUGCUCAUCUCCAUUGCCUGUCCAGAAGACAAGCUGGAAGAGGUGAAGGCCAAAUAUGCCACUGAGACCACAGAGGGAGAGGGGCAGAUGGAUUCUGAUCUUUCUGAGGUGGUUUCAGAACUGGGCCAGGAUGAUGGCAAUGCCCAAGAUCUGAAAAGGAGGCUGAAGGAGCAGAGGGACCCAGCUGCCAUGCAGAGGAUCAAAGAGGAGGAAAGGGCUGUGGAGAAGGAGGUGGCACAGGAAUUGGAUGACCCAGAGAAGAUGAGGGAAGCCAAAGCUGCUGGCAUUGAUGAGCUGGAUGAUCACCGCUUCAAAUCCCAGUGGGAUGAGGAUUACCCUGAGCUGGAUGGAACUUUUUCCCAGCUGAGAUUCUCUAGGUCCUUUGCCAAAAAGGUUAAGUGGGAGGAUGCCUUGGCUCAAGUCCACAAACACAAUUGGCAGAAGUGGGCAUUGGUGCAGGAUGAGAACCCUUUGGGAGAAGGGGAGGAGGCACAAGAGCCAGGUAUCAUUCCACAGGACCUUUUGGAUCUGCUCAAGGGCCAUAUUGAGGCAAAUCUGACAGAAAAGGCCAAGAGAUACCCUCUGCCCCAGGAUGACACCCAGUGCUUGUGUGUGUGGCCCUUUGCUGCUGACUUCUGCUUCAUUCAGCCUUUGGCAAGCAUUGAUUCCACCACCUUGGUCAGCAAAAGGUCUGUCUUGCUCUGGGGGUGUGCCUCUGGCACCUGGACUGCCUAUGGUGGAGAAUACUGUCUGUCUUGCUCUGGGGGUGUGCCUCUGCCACCUGGACUGCCUAUGGUGGAGAAUGCUGUGCUUGCCUUUGGCAUGGCUGCCAUACUUGGCAUUUGCCAGGCUGGCUCCUAUGGAUGUGGUGAGGCAAUUGUGCCUUCAGCGUGGUGGCUAGGACCUGGCAAUUUUGCAGAUAGAUCCACACCUUGCCAAUACAGGCAGCAAGAUUUGACAUCAAGUGGCAAAAUAAUUCUGCUGUCAGAGCUCUGGGGGGA